AAGAAAUUAGCGAUCAUCCGACGCCAUCAUCACAACAUCCGUCCCUCACCGCUCAGUAGCAAGUCUCAGAGAAACGACAACAAACAACAUUCAAACUUUUCCUAACCUUCAAACGUUGAUCCAUUACUGUGACUCCCAACAUCACCACUCGUGCAAUCAUCGGGAGGGAAAACAUUCAAGCACACUGCACAUAUAAAGAAGAGAGGAGCUGAAAGUUUUUUUGAGAUUACCUUGUGCUCUCCCUGCUAAGUCAAGAUGUCGUACAUGCUUCAGCAUCUACACAAUGGGUGGCAAGUGGACCAGGCAAUACUCAGCGAGGAGGACAGAGCAGUGGUACACAAGAUGCUGUACCUCCAGGUCUCGCAACCAGAAUCAUUUCAUUUCAGCUCUAACCCAGCUCUUUACAGUGAUCCGCUUUGGCCACGAUUGGGAUCCAACCUGCAUGAAGAUGGAUGAAGUUCUAUACAACAUUGCUGAAAAAGUGAAAAAUUUUGCAGUGAUAUACUUGGUUGAUAUUACCAAGGUGCCAGAUUUUAAUAAGAUGUAUGAACUGUAUGACCCCUGCACAUGCAUGUUUUUCUUCAGGAACAAGCAUAUUAUGAUUGAUCUUGGCACUGGUAAUAACAACAAGAUCAACUGGGCUUUGGAGGACAAGCAGGAAAUGAUUGACAUUGUGGAGACAGUGUACCGUGGAGCACGAAAAGGAAGAGGUUUAGUAGUGUCGCCAAAAGAUUAUUCUACUAAAUACAGAUAUUAAAAUACUUCUACUGUACUUGUAAGUUUUGUUUCAUAUCUACAACUGUGUAAUUCUUACCUUUACAAUGAAAAUGAACUAGAAUAGGCUUUGCCAAGAUAAUUCUGAUUCAAAAGAUGGUCGGCACCAUUUACUUGGUGUUAUACAGGGUUGGUUAAAAGGAUAAUCACACUAGUAGUGGGAGGUCUCUCCAGCUGAGCUCCUGUAGUCUUUAAUGAACUGUGAGGCUUUUAUUUAUUUACUUUGGACCUACUCCAUUUCAGUUUAAUGCGUUCACCAGAGUACCCUCAAUUAUUACCAACUGUGGAAGUCGCCUGAUCAGUCUUAGUGUCCCUAGUGAGUAUUAGUCAUUAAGGCAUGGUACAUCACCUAUCUUCGGAGCCAUAUCACCUUAACCUCAUUGUAGGUCGACCAGAUGCUGUCAUUAGGUGUACACACUUUCUCUGGUCACUGUUGGCUCACUCCUUAAAGUAUUAAGCUGACUUCCUUUGAUGUCACUCAAUGGUCCCACUUGUAGUUCUAAUAUACUGUAGUAAUAUUAUGGAUGUGCCCCUAAAGAUUUAUCGCCAGUAUACUUUGUAGUAGAAGCAAAGAAAAAAGUGUGUAAAACAUCAUAAUUUUCUAAAAUAAACAUUAACAUGCAUCA